AUGGAUGUCGGAUGGAAGGAUUUGAGUGUGAGUGCGAGCAAUGGACGAGUGUUGCUGGAGAGUAUGUGCGGCUAUGCCCAGAGCGGCCAAAUCACGGCGAUCAUGGGUCCUUCGGGAUCCGGAAAGUCCACCUUGCUCGAUGCACUUACUGGGAGAUUGGCCAAGAACGCAAGGCGAGAAGGAUCCAUUUUUGUGAAUGGGAAUCUCCAGACGAACAUGAGGCAUGGGACUGCGCCCUAUGUGAAACAAGAAGAUGUUUUGCUAGGAACACUCACUGUCUUGGAGACAAUCACUUACUCUGCUCAAUUGAGGCUGCCUCACUCACUGCCCCAAAGCCAAAAGAUGGAGAUGGUUGAGAGUGUGAUCACUGAGAUGGGGCUUGGAGAUUGCAAGUAUACAGUGGUGGGAGGUUGGUUCUCGCGUGGAUUGAGCGGAGGGGAGAAACGAAGAGUGAGCAUUGCUCUGGAGAUUCUAACUCAACCAUCUCUUUUGUUCAUGGACGAACCAACCAGUGGUUUAGACAGUGCAUCCGCGUUUUAUGUGAUUAAAACAAUUAAGAACCUCGCUACUUCAAAACGCACUGUUAUUAUGUCAAUUCACCAGCCAAGUAGCGAAGUGUUUGAGCAGUUUGAUAACCUUUGCCUACUAUCUCAGGGAGCACUUGUAUAUUUUGGAGAUGCCAUGGAAGCUAGCACGGCUGCCUCAAAUAAGCAGAGUAAGUGA